AUGCGUAGAGCUCAAGCACUCCACACGAUUUUAUUCUCUAGUUUCCUGUCUGUCCUGGCCACUCAAUCGAUUAUGAACACUUAUGGACUACUUCUCACAGUGCUGAUCCAACAAGCAGUGCCUUCGCUAGUGGAUCCGCUGCUGAAAUUCCGUGGAACCGAAGGCGAAUGCGCCCCGGAAAUCAUCACCGAUCAUGCCAAGGCUCAAAUUGAAGUGAGCCGGCAUGAACCCAAGAUAAUUACAUGGACCGACAUAUUAUCAACUUCUUCAAACGAAAAAGACUCCCAGAAAACAAUCUACGACUGGGUUGAAAUAGAUGAAGACAUGGUGAACGCUGAAGCUCUUAUGACUUCAUGGAAAGAUGUUUCUGGCCUCUAA